UAUUGUAUAAACCCUAAAAGAUACAGAUCCCAUUAAAAUCUACCCUGAGGAUUUUGAAGAUAGCUUAACCUAAAACCUUUCUUUCUUUUAUAACAGAGACAGGUAUAUGUGGUUUUACAAACAUAGAAAAGAUUGAGAUAGCAAGACUCAAGUUCUACGUACACCUUCACCAUUUUCAUCUUUUUUCCUCAUAAAAAACAAAUACCCAAUUCACUCUCACUGUCAUUGACACUCAUUUUGUCAAUGGCGGAUUUCAGUUGCGCCACCCCAUUUAUUUUAUUCCCUUCUAUAUUCCUCCUCCUCUUUUUCUCAACAAUCGAUCGUCAGUAUCAUUUAACUUCUCAUUUCUCUCUUUCUUCUCUUUCAAACCACACCAAAAUUCCCAACGAUAACGAAUCACCACAACUCACCAUUUCUCCUAUUCCAAGCCUAGCUUUAGACACCAUUUCUCCCGUUUCAAGCGUAGCCAUUAAUGCAAGCGCCAUUCCUGUCACUGUAAAAGUGAAAAGUCGUUUAGAGGAAAUGGAAGAAGGAUUAGCAAGAGCAAGAGCAGCUAUACGACAUGCGGGUCGAACGCGUAGUUAUUCAUCUUGCAAGCAUGAUAGUUUCAUACCCAGAGGAUCUGUUUACACGAACCCUUACGCCUUUCAUCAGAGCCACAUUGAGAUGGAGAAACGAUUUAGAGUAUGGACAUACAAAGAAGGAGAGCCACCAUUAUUUCAUAAUGGUCCAGUAAAUAAUAUUUAUUCGACAGAAGGACAAUUCAUUGAUGAAUUAGAAAGUGGAAAAAGCCUAUUUUCAGCUCGCCAUCCCGACGAGGCUCUUGCAUUUUUUCUUCCUGUUAGUAUAGUCGCCAUCAUCCAAUAUGUCUAUAGACCUUACGUUAAUUACUCUCGCCAACGGUUGCAGAUCAUUGUCAAAGACUAUGUUGAAACCAUAUCUACGAGAUACCCAUAUUGGAAUAGAACUAGUGGAGCAGACCAUUUUUUGGUUUCUUGCCAUGAUUGGGCGCCAGAUGUAUCAACUGCCCACCCUGAAUUUUACAAGCACUUCAUUAGGGUUCUCUGCAAUGCUAACUCAUCUGAAGGAUUUAUACCAGUAAGAGACGUCUCCUUACCAGAAAUCUACCUUCCAUUUGGCAAGCUAUCUCCAAAACCCUUUUGCUAUCCUCCUAAGAACCGUUCGAUUUUGGCUUUCUUCGCCGGAGGAGAUCACGGGUAUGUAAGAGAGAUAUUAUUCAAGCACUGGAAAGGAAAAGACAAUGAUAUUCAAGUUCAUGGAUAUCUCCCAAAGAACAUGAAUUACACUGAGUUAAUGAGUCGAAGCAAAUUUUGUUUGUGCCCUAGUGGAUGGGAAGUUGCAAGUCCUAGAGUGGUCGAGUCAAUAUAUGUAGGUUGUGUUCCGGUGAUCAUUUCCGAUUAUUAUGUUCUACCGUUUAGUGAUGUUCUUGAUUGGAGAAAAUUUUCCGUCCAUAUUCCGAUCGCAGGAAUACCAGAAAUUAAGACAAUUCUUCAAGGAAUAUCAAUGAGUGAGUAUUUGAGAAUGCAAAAGAGGGUUAUUCAAGUUCAAAGACAUUUCAUCCUCAACAGACCAACAAAGCCUUAUGAUGUAUUGGAUAUGGUAAUGCAUUCUGUAUGGCUCAGGAGGCUUAAUGUUAGGUUUCCAUUAUAAUUGUGCUUGAUCAAUUAAAUUUUGUACAAAAUUUUCUAUGAUUUUAGAACUUGAUAAAUUGCAAUUAUGAUGUAAUUAUAUUAUUUUUGUAAUUAUUAAUUGGGAAGAAGGGUUUGAGUC